CCCCCCUCUCGUUAAACACGUUUUCCCCUCAAUUUAGAAUGAUACAUUUGCAAAGUGGUGUACGGGGAUGAAAAUUGUCUCCCUUGGUAGUCAGAAUAAAAAGGUUCCAAAUUAAAAAGGCCAAGAGAUGGCGCUUACGUACCUCGAUUUGAUUGGUUGUUCAGAUAGCUAUGUUAAUUUUCAUCUAUAUUACAAGCAUGCGCAGUGACACAUGGCGCGGGAAGCCAUCUUGAAUUUUCAUAAAUGAAAAUAUCCUCAACAAGAGACUGCAAAUGCUGUAACAGACUAAUCCUUGAUACAUCAUUGUGAGGUGGGCAAGAUGUCGGCCACAGAAAACGAAGUUUGUAGCCUGACAAUGCCGUAUCCUUCCACUGUCGGAAAGAGUACAAACUGUGUGACUAGCACCAUGCCAGUGUCUGAGGAAAUGGAUUCCUCGACCCCAUCCAGUACAUCUGGACACCCCAAAGAUUGUAAUGGUGGAACUAACGGUGUCAGCAAGGACAUCAGUCUCAACUUUACACAGACACUCCUCAGCCUCAAGGCUCUCAACGGGCAGACAAAGUUUGGUACUGAGGACAAGAAAGUCACAAGUAAAGAAGAAGACAUUGUCAUACUAGACCACAGUCCAUCAUCGGAUGCAAACCCUAAAGCGGCUGUAUCUGGCACAUCCUCCUCACCCAGCCUCCUCCCCGCAUCAUUGCUGCCAAAGCCCCCAAUUUCUAUGACUGAGGGUGUUAGGCCAGCAACCAAUAGUGUAUAUGAACACCCUAAAGCUAAUAAAUUUGAAAUUAAUGAGAGAGUAAGAAGCUCGUUCAAAGAUAUUAUGUCAAAAAUUCAGGAAAAUACUCCAAGCUUACAAAAUCUUCUAGCUAAAACCAAAGAUUUAGACACACGUGAAAGGAAAGAGGAGAGGGAAAGACUUGAGCGUGAGCAACAGGCUGCCAAGGCCAUAUCUACGAUGGGCAAGGGAAGUGGUGAUAAUGUAUUUGAGAACUUGAAAGGAUUAAACUGUGAUACCGACCUUAGAGAAAAACCUAUAACAAAAAGUGUUGACAUUGUUGCUUGUUCCACUGCACCAAGUAUAAAACCGCCAAUAUCUAGUAUAAGUAAUUCAAAGGAUCAGGAUGUGAUUUUAUUGGAUGAUCCAGAGCUUGAGGAAGACAUAAAAUCUAAACCAGUUGUAGAAGCCUCGGAAACACCGUCCGAGGAGCAGAAAGAUGAAAUAAAAACGGACUUAGCCGAAGAGACUAAAGCUGUACAAGACUGUGAUAAUUCUAGCAAUGUGCAAUUAACAAUCAGGGAUUCCUCCAGGUCUCCAAUUUGUAUUGAUAGUGACAAUUCAUUUGAAAAUGAGGCACCUAUAAAAUCAGACAGUAGUAGCACGAUCAAGGCAGAGGAGGAGCUGCUGAAGAUUGACCAAGACGAGGUGACCAAUGACAAGAAGGUGGAGGAGACCGAUACCAAGGAGGAGGAGGAACGGCUUCUAGCUUCAGAUUCAGAUGAUGACAAAACCAAGGAAUCGAAACUUAACAACGAGGACAAAAAUGGGGAUGGGAAACAGGGAGAGUCUGCAGAGAGCCUAAAUAUGGAAGUAGAAAACAAAGAGGAGGACAUUCUAGUGUUAGAAGCAAAUGGGGAAAAAACAGAACAGGAAGGGAAAGACUGUGAUGAGAGUGAUGUGAAAGUGGGAGAUAGUGAUAAAGAAGCAGAUGUGAAAGGAAAUAAUGAAAUAAAUGAGGAAAAAGAUGAAUCAAAGGACGAGUCAAAGGAAAAAGAAGAUAGCAUCGGCGUAAAAGAGGAGGAUGUGAAAAAGGAGGUGAAAGAAAUCGAGGUAAAAAUGGAAGUAGAUGAGGAUGAUGCUAGUCAGUCUAGUUCCUCAAGUAGUGACUCUAGUGCCUCCUCAAAGAGCAGUCAAGAGGAUGUUAAAAGUCAAGUGAAGACUGAGGUAAAAUCUGAGGACAGUGGUUCUUCGACUCCUGAAUCUGCAGAUCGUAAACGGCCAGCAGACUCUUCUGAUUUAUCAGCACAACCCAAGCGCUCUCGACUUGACAUGGUCAUAGGCAAACUAGGUUCUGCAAUUGGCAUCCAACCAGAUACUCUGAAAGAUGAACCUGAUGAGAUGUCAGACAUUGAAGAAUCGCACGAGAGUGAGGUGACAGAGUCUGUUAAAUCUGAGGACACCACCUCUACGGUCACAGAGGAUGAAGAUGAUAGUCAAGACUCUCCCAAAAAGAAGCCAGGAGUGAAAAAACACAGGAUACGACUGACAGAAUCUGAGUUGGAACAGAUUGUACGCACAAAGGUGAAGAUGUACAUGAAAGUAGAGAGAGAAAAGAAAUAUAAGGAAAUGCAGGAUAAAGUUGAGGAGCUAACACAGACUAUUGAUUUCUGGAAGUCUAACUAUCGUGAGCUGGAACGCCAAGUCCUGAAUGUCACCAUUCUACAGCAAAAACAUGAAAAGAGAAAGGCCAAGACUGUAGCUCUCAGGGAAUUAAGUACAAAGAAUGUCGGUGUCCAAGUUGAUGAAAACAAGACGAACCAAAUGAACCACCUGAGCCAACAGACCACACCCACCAAGGGUAGCCAGGCAAUGUCCAAGACUCAAACAAAGACUAAUGCUGUUGGAGCAUUCCAGCCUAUCCUUGUGAAAAAUUCAACGGCUGGAGUAACCAUGCCCAUCCUGGCUCCACCCAAUACCAGUGUCCUACUCUCUACCAACACUGUGCCUCCAAAGCUUACACCAAUGACUGUCACUAAGAUGUCCCAGAGUUUGGCGACUCCAGGAUCUCCCUGCCUCAUCCAGAGCCUUGCAACAACUCCUGGUAUGGUAAACAAUGCCCUUCCAAAGACAGUGAUGCAGUCGCCUAUGGACCGAUCAGUGAAAAACCUUCUUGAAAACAAACGGAUGGUGAUGCCAGCGACCAAGCUAAUGGGGGCCAAUCCUCCAGUUUCUGGUCUCAUACCUGUUCUGGUGACCACCAGCCAGCCCAAUAUGGCACGCCCCCCUCUACUAGCCAAGCCAAGCAACACCCUGACCAUUUCUACUCCAGGCCAAAGUCGGCCUGGCGAUGUAGUGGACCUGACAGGAGAAGAGGAUACAGGCAUGAAACGAUACACAACUCCAGCUGCCUCCACCAACCUGGUCACAGGUGUGCCUCAGGGCAUCCCAGUAACCACCGUCCAGCCCGGGGGACUCCUACCACAACAGAUUCUCCGCCCGACAAUCCCCAGUCAAGCACAUGGAGUAGCCAGUAACUCAGGAAUCCUACUCAGCACUCCAGCUGGCACACAAAUAAUGCGCAACCCUCAACAAACGUUCCAGUUAGUGUUCAACUCAUCAUCACCUGCAAUACGCCCAGGAAGUCUGCUCACUGUCAUGCAGGGUCCUGGUGGAAAUAACCAGAUCAUUAGGCCAAUCAUGACCACAACUUCAGGCCAGCCUCCUCAGCUCCGUGCAGCAGCUGCAAUACAGCCACCAGUACAACGGGCCAACCUGUCGAAGACUGUGGCACCCUCCAAUGUCAAGAUUAUGACCCGUCCUCCACCACCACUACAGGUGGCUCCUCCACCACCUCUACAAGUUGCUCAACCGAUCAACUCAGCACCCCCGCCGAAAGCUCCAGAACCUCACCACCCUGCUCCUCUUCCUGUAGCCUCUUCUGAUCAAGUCAAGCCUGGACAGAAGCCAUUACCACCAAAACCCACACUAAAGAUCUCCAGGGUCAGUCAAGGCAUUGUAUUGUCAUGGAACAUGACCCUGAACCAGACCCCACAUGCUGAUGUAGCCUCUUACCAGUUGUUUGCCUACCAGGAAGGUAGCACACAUCCCACCACAGCACUAUGGAAAAAGGUGGGAGACGUGAAAGCAUUGCCUCUUCCCAUGGCAUGCACCCUAACCCAGUUCCAGGAGGGCAAUCGCUAUCACUUUGCUGUGAGAGCAGUAGAUGUCCACACAAGAGUGGGACCUUUCAGUGAACCUAACACCAUUCACCUUCUAUCUAAAAAGGACUAAUACUAUGCAUCUUUGGUGUCCGUAUUAAGAACAACUCGAGACAAAUAUUGGAACCGAUACCAUUGUUAUAAGCAGACAGGACACAAAUUCUCACUGUUGAUCAUGGAAUCAAUCUUUCACAAAUAUUCCACAUUUAAUUAUUUUUUUUAGUCUCAAAUGCAAAAGUACAGUUUACUGGCAUUUCUUCCUCUUUCAGGUUUACUCUACAAAGCACACUUCCCAAGCCUUAUCACAAGUAACUAUUCCAAGUAAUUUUACUAAUUCCAGCACUGCCAGUUAGACACAUAAUUUUAAUUCAGCAAAUCAUCUUGCGAGAACUAUACAGCAAACUUGUUUGUAUGGCAGCAUGACUCAAAUUAACUUUUGUUGCAGUAAGUGACAGUUGAAAAGUAAAAAAUGAUGUUGUACAUUGAACACCUGUUCUUGCUAGAGUGACACGAUCAAACCUCAGGAGUUGCCACAUUUUACCUCAGCUUUUAAUUAUGAUAUUAGAGAAUGUCAAUAGUACCAAGACAUUUGUAUCGGGCAUAGUAAAUGUUACAAAAAAGUGUCUUCUUGGAGUCUACUGAAUUAUAGACACAACUGAUUGCCUUCUACAGGAAAGAGGUGUGAUACAAAUUCACAAAAUAAUAUUCUAGCUUGUAAUGUAUUUACACUUGCUUGUUUUACUUUACUUACUGGUUUGAGAAGGUUAUCUCCCUGUACUUGUGUGACAUAUAGUACUAGACCUUGUUACUUGUACAUGAGUGACAGACUUGUACUAACCUUGUAGCCUGUACAUGGGUGACAGACUUGUACUAAACUUGUUACUGGUAAUGGUUGACAGACUUGUACAUGGUUGACAGACUUGUACUUACCGUGUUACUUGUACAUGGGUGACAGACUUGUCCUUACCGUGUUACUUGUAAUGGUUGACAGACUUGUACAUGGGUGACAGACUUGUACUUACCGUGUUACUUGUACAUGGGUGACAGACUUGUACUUACCGUGUUACUUGUAAUGGUUGACAGACUUGUACAUGGGUGACAGACUUGUCCUUACCGUGUUACUUGUACGUGGGUGACAGACUUGUCUUUACGGUGUUACUUGUGCAUGGGUGACAGACUUGUCCUUACCGUGUUAUUUGUACAUGGGUGACCGACUUGUCCUUACCGUGUUACUUGUACAUGGGUGACAGACUUGUCCUUACCGUGUUACUUGUACGUGGGUGACAGACUUGUCCUUACCGUGUUACUUGUGCAUGGGUGACAGACUUGUACUUACCGUGUUACUUGUACAUGGGUGACAGACUUUUACUUACCUUGUUACUUGUAAUGGUUGACAAGACUUGUAAUGACCCUGGUACUUGUAAUGGUUGACAGACUUGUAAUGACCCUGUUACUUGUACAUGGGUGACAGACUUGUACAAACCUUGUUACUUGUAAUGGUUGACAGACUUGUAAUGACCCUGGUACUUGUAAUGGUUGACAGACUUAUAAUGACCCUUGUUACUUGUACAUGGGUGACAGACUAGAACUGAAAAUUGUUUCCUAAACAUGAUGGACAACUAAACAUGAUUGACAACUAAACAUGAUUGACAAAAAAGCAUUGAACCUUGUUUCCUAUAUUAUCCAUGCUUUAAAGACUAGUACAAAAAACUAACUUAUUAAAAGUUCUGACAUCACCUUGCAUGGAUAGUUUUGUUCUAUUUCAGGAACAUUAUUGGGACAGACAACUCUGAAAUAGUAGCUUUUCAAACAUGUCGUGAUUGCAGCUGGACAGAUAACCGAGUCUAGCUGGAAGUAUUGUAGAAUCUGGCAGUGCUAGUAUAGCCACCUAUAUAAUGAAUAAAUGACUAAUGUUGACCACUUGUGAGGACUAGAUGUAUGUGUGUAGAGGCUGAUAGUGAGAUAUUUAUAUACCUGUAUAUAUACAUUGAUAGUGAGUGUGUGAGGACAGAAGUGUAAUGUACUCGUCUGACAUGUCACUUCUUUUUAACAGAGUGUUUGGGCAUUUUCUUGUUUGUAAAAAAAUUGUAUAUAUAUUAUAUAUUUUAUUGUGUAUACGUCUUCUCAAUUUCUUCGUUUUUUAAUAUUAUGCCCAAAAAUUAAAUUUUCCAGAAAUGGAUGACAUGUUAUUUUACUGUUUGUACAAUGAAGACAUUAAAAUAAUAAUUAUUUCGAUUUCCGA